ACCAUAUGCAAAAAAAAAAUGGUAAUUGCUAAGCUUUUGUCGUCUCUUCAAUCGUAAAGAUAAAUGAAUACUUAUCGUAAAUAAAUUUCACAAUCAAUUAAAAGAUAAGAAAUUAGUUUCCGCUUGUUAUAAUUUCGUUUAUCAUUUAAACAUUAUUAUUUCCCCAUCCUUUGUCGUGUUAACACUAUCCAAUAAUUUCACAAUGUCGACUCUACCAAUGCUCGAGUCUUGUGUUCAAUUUCCAAUUGAUGAUAAAACCCUUCUGGAAGUUGUUCCUAAAGCUAAGGAUUGGGCUCUUAUGCAUGGAGCUGCAAUGCGAUCUAAAACCAAAUUCAGUCCUGAUGCUUUAAAUUUUGCUCCAUUUAUCUUGACGCCCUCUUCAUUUCCAAGAAAAGAAUUCGAAAAAGCUGUAGAUUUACAAUGUAUACUUAAUGAAUUAAUGCAUUUUGUAGCACAUGAUGAUGAAUUUCUUACAACAACCUUAGCUGAAACGAUCAAGGUUGAUGAGUUUACGCGAAAUCUUUUCAAUGUCUACAAAAAAGUAUUAGCUAAUGGUAUUAAACAGCCAUUAUCUUUGGGACUUAUUCGAUCUGAUUUGAUGUUGGAGACGUGCUGUCCUGAAAUAACGGGUAAAAAGUGUGCCUACUGUUGCUGGAAACAAGUUGAAAUUAAUACAAUAGCUUCUGGUUUUGGCCAUUUAGGACCAGCUAGUAAGGCAAUUCAAAGCUUUGUUCUUCAGGAAUUAGGUCAUAGUGAUAAAAUUUCUCAGAUGCCAGAAAACAAGGCGCUAUCUGGAUUGUGUGGAGGCAUGAUAAAGGCAUGGGAACUAUACGGAAAUCCCAAAGCUAUCAUUCUUUUUGUUAUUGAAGAUAUUUCCUAUAAUAUUUGUGACCAGAGAUUCCAUGAGUUUUAUAUUCGUGAAAACAACCCCAAUAUAAAUGUUGUGCGAAAAACACUCACAGAAAUUCACGCUCAGGGAAAACUUGGGAAGAACAAUGAACUUUUAAUUGAUGGACAAGAAGUAAGUGUUGUUUAUUUCCGUGCUGGAUAUGAACCAGGGCAUUAUCAUUCUCAAAAUGAAUGGGAUGCAAGAUAUUUGGUUGAGUGUUCAAGAGCAAUUAAGUCCCCAUCGAUACACUAUCACUUAGCAGGCACUAAGAAAGUUCAACAAGCUUUGGCUACUCCAGGAAUUCUUGAAAGAUUUAUCACUGAUCCAGAAAAGGUUAAAGCAAUUGGAAAAAUCUUUACAGGACUUUAUUCGUUGGAUGCUAACGAGCAAGGAAUUGCUUCUUAUGAAAUGGCAUUAAAAGAUCCUGAAAGAUUUGUUUUGAAACCACAGAGGGAAGGUGGUGGUAAUAAUGUUUAUGGGGCUGACAUUCCAGAUGCGUUGAAGAGUAUGAGUUCUGUUGAACGAUCAGCUUGGAUAUUAAUGGAACGAAUUCAUCCACCAAUCACCAAAGGUUAUAUGAUUCGUCCUGAUGGUCAAAUGCCACCACCAUUGGUUGAUUUAGUUUCAGAGCUGGGGAUAUUUGGUGUCAUUAUUGGGGAUGCAAAAACAAUAAAUAUUAAUUACCAGGCAGGUCAUAUGUUGAGAACAAAACUUUCUACAGCCAAUGAGGGUGGGGUCGCAGCUGGUUUAGGAGCCCUCGAUAGUCCUUAUUUAUUGGAUAAUUGUUGUUAAUGUCAGAAAUAUAAUUGCAUUUUAUUUUUUUGUAUAUAAAAUCUUUUGUUUAAGAUUUACUGUAAUAUCUAUUUUUGAUGGGAUUUAUUUUUAUUAAUAAAAAGCACUUUUUUAACAAGAA